GAGAAAUUCGGAUCGCGGGCCCCUCCCUGUCUCAGGGUGUCUCUCAACCCCAUGGAGAUGAGGUCAACAAGUGCGGUCGAUGUCCGGCUUCGGUUUCCAUUGCCCAGUUGGUACACUGCCCCGCAUUCAGUCAGGAUAUAAAACCCCGGCCCUUCGACGCCAACUCAAUCCCCCCAAAACUGUGCGCUUUUCUUGUGCGGGUCACAGAAUUUUUCCUCUCCCUUCCUCAAUCCCCAUACCCCGCCUGCCUGACCUCGCACCAUCAUCAUACUUCCCAACAUGGCAGGCCUCCAACUCAACGUCGACUGGAAGUCGAACCGACGGGCAAUCGCCUACUGCCUAGUGGCUGCCAUCGGUGCCCUCUGCUACGGUUACGACACGAUCUACUACACCGGCAUCCAAGGCAUGGAAUGGUUUGCCAGAGACUACGGAGAGCAAGACUCAGAUGGCACCUACUCACUCGGCACAACAUUCCUCUCCCUCUCCGCUAGCAUCAUCUACGUCGGCGAGCUCGUCGGAGCCCUCAUCGCCGCCCCGAUCAACGAAGCCCUUGGCCGCCGCGCCGUCUUCCUCUCCGCCUCCCUCUGCAUCAUCGCCGGAGCUAUCGUGCAAGCAUGCUCCUUUGGCUCCCACCCAGUCUUCUACGUCGGCCGCGUCCUCAUCGGCCUGGGCGUCGGUCAGUUCACCGCAACCUGCUUGAUCUACAUCGGAGAAGUCGCGCCCUCUGCAAUCCGCGGUCCAGCCCUCAUGUGCUUCCAGUUCAUGCAGUCCAUCUCGCAGCUCGUCGGCGCGUGCGUGAACCAGGGUACACAAGGCAUCAAAAGCUCGCAAUCCUACCGCAUCCCCAUGUGUCUCCUCGUUGUCCUCCCCGGCGUCAUGCUCCUAUGCCUGUUCUUCACACCCGAAAGCCCCGUCUGGUUCAUGAACAAGGACAAGCCGCAACAGGCCCUCGCCUCGCUCCGCAAGAUCAACCGCAGCAACAAAUCCUACGACCCGACGGCCGAUAUGCAAGCCAUCGAAACGCAGGUCGCUCUCGAGCGCGAGCAGGCCAAGGACGCCACCUGGACCUCGCUCAUCACAGACCCCGUCGAACGCCGGAAGCUGUUCUACGCCUGCGGCGUCAUGUUCGUGCAGCAGAUCAACGGGAUCCAGUUCUGGUACACGUACGGCGUUGUCUUUGCGCAGUCGAUUGGCGUCGCCGACCCAUUCACAAUCAACACCAUUAUCUACGUGCUGCAGAUCAUCACAGUCGGUGUGUCGGUCAUGCUCGGGAACAAGAUCAGCCGCCGCAAGAAUCUCAUCAUCUGCUCGAUCGGGAUCCUCGUCUCGCUGAUCACCGUCGGCGGACUGGGCGUAACCCGGUCUUCGGAUGGAACAUUCUCGCGCGGUGUGGGAAUCGGCAUCGUUGUCCUCGCAUACAUCAACAUCAUCUUCUACAACUUCUCCAUCGGAACGCUCUCGUACUCGAUCGCGUCGGAGAUGUCCGUUGGCCGGAACCGGAACAAGAUUACAUCGUGUGCCAUGGCUGUUUUCUUCAUUACGGUUUGGCUGAUGGUCUUUACGAGCCCCUACAUGUACUAUGAUGGAGACCUGGGUCCGAAGAUUGGCUUCGUGUAUGGUGGUACCACGACCCUCUUGCUUGCCUACUCCUGGUUCUGUGUGGGUGAGACGGCGGGACGGAGUAAUGCGGAUAUUGAGCGGCUGUUCCAGGAUAAGGUUCCUGUUCGGGAGUGGGCCAAGUAUGUUAUCCUUGAUGAUGGUCAGACUGCGGGCCAGAAGAAGAAUGAGGAUGAGGAGCAGAUUGAGAUGGCGUAGGGGUUGUCUUGGCCAAUGACUUUUGUGUAGGGUAUUAGCGGUUGCGCUUAUGGGAAUGUUUUCUACAUACACAGUUGAUAGACCAGGCUGCAGUAUAAAUGUCAAAAUAUUGCAAACACC